CACAUUUUAGAACUAGAAUACCUCUUCCACCACUGGUUCUUGGUGACAGCACUACAACUGGUGCAGAUCUGCAGAGGAAUCAUCAGUGAUCUCACUGACAUUCAGGAAAGAUACCAGUGAUAUCAGUGUCAGUAUAAAGUCACAGCUGUCCAUAAUGUAUGUUUAUUGUUCCCUGCAGAUGUCCAGAACCUACUGGUGAUUGAAGAAGAGGCCCCCCUUCUUGAGAGCCCCAAUCUGGAGCAGGAGAACCCAGAAAACCCACAUAUCAAAGAGGAAGAGGAGGAAUUCUGGACCGGUCAGGAGGCAGAGCAGCUGCAAGGACUGGAGGAGGCGGAUGACACCAAGAUCCCACCCAUUAGUGUGCAUGUGAAGACUGAAGAGGAUGAGGAGAGCACCAGUCUGGAGCAGGAGGACCCAGAGCCCCCACACGUGAAAGAGGAAGAGGAGGAACUCUGGACUAGCCAGGAGGCAGAGCAGCUGCAAGGACUGGAGGAGGUUGAUGACACCAAGUUCAUGUCCACUGGUGUCCAUGUGAAAACCGAAGAGGAUGAGGAGAGACCUCAGUCUUCACAGCCUCUUCAGUGUCAGACUGAGGACAGAGAGGAGGAGCCUGGAGCCGAGAGCUCAGCUGGACAGACUUGUUUCAGCUGCUCUGAGUGUGGGAAAGGGUAUAAACGGAAGUCGAGUCUUAAAGUGCAUAUGAGACACCACACAGGAGAGAGACCUUUUGGUUGUGGUGAUUGUGGGAAAAGAUUUGCCCAACGAAGGAUUCUUAGGAUGCACAUGAGAGUCCACACAGGAGAGAAACCUUUUGCUUGUGGUGAUUGUGGGAAAAUGUUUGCCGACCAGGGGGGUCUUAAGGUGCACAUGAGAGUCCAUACAGGAGAGAAACCUUUUACUUGUGCUGAUUGUAGGAAAAUGUUUGCCGACCAGGGUGGUCUUAACAUGCACAUGAGAUGCCACACAGGAGAGAAACAUUUUAGUUGUGGUGAUUGUGGGAAAAGAUUUCACCGACCUGGGAUUCUUACGAUGCACAUGAGAGUCCACACAGAAGAGAAUCCUUUUAGUUGUGGUGAUUGUGGGAAAAUCUUUUCCCAACAGGGGAGUCUUAUGUUCCACAUGAGAGGCCACACAGGAGAGAAACCUUUUAGUUGCGGUGAUUGUGGGAAAAGAUUUGCCCAACGGGGGAAUCUUAAGAACCACAUGAUAUGCCACACAGGAGUGAAAACUUUUGGUUGUAGUGAUUGUGGAAAAAUGUUUGCCCGACCAGGGGGUCUUAAGGAGCACAUGAGAUGCCACACAGGAGAGAAACCUUUUAUUUGUGGUGAUUGUGGGAAAAGAUUUGCCCAAGGGGGGUAUCUUAAGAAGCACAUGAGAUGCCACACAGGAGAGAAACCUUUUUGUUGUGGUGAUUGCGGGAAGAGAUUUGCUUAUGGGGGGGUUCUUAAGAACCACAUGAGAUGCCACACAGGAGAGAAACCUUUUAGUUGUGGUGAAUGUGGGAAAAGAUUUGCCUACAGUGGGGAUCUUAAGAAGCACAUGAAAUGCCACACAGGAGAGAAACCUUUUCGUUGUGGUGAUUGCGGGAAGAGAUUUGCCCAAGGGGGGGUUCUUAAGAACCACAUGAGAUGCCACACAGGAGAGAAACCUUUUCGUUGUGGUGAUUGCGGGAAGAGAUUUGCUUAUGGGGGGGUUCUUAAGAACCACAUGAGAUGCCACACAGGAGAGAAACCUUUUGGUUGUGGUGAUUGAGAGAAACUUUAAGGUUUAUACACAGCAUAGAUCUCUUGAUGCUUCUGAUUAUUUUUCUCUUUCAAGAGCACCAGUGGUAGUCAGAGAUAUCAGAGGUGCUUCUGUUUUGUUCUGUUCUGUUUAUUUUUCUCAGCUUGUUGUUGGAAAUAAUGUUGUUUUAUUGAAGUGUAACAUCUUUUGAAUUCA